AUGGCAGUUUUAAUAAAGAACAAUGAAGCGUCGCUAGUCGACAUGGCCGUCCAGGAUUUCAUCAAACUGGGCAUAGAUGGAGUGUACACGACAAUGAAAACGGUAGUAUCCUAUGAGUACAUUUUUAACUUCACCUCACACAUGAGAAACUUACAUAAGUACUCUACCAACUUUCUGGAGUUACAAAUAAAUGACCAUAACAAAGAAUGCGUCACAAAUAUUUUGAAAAAUUUGACAUUGGAAAAUAUUCGCAAAAGCAGCAGCACAAGCAUCAAAGCAGGAUUCGAGUUUUUAAAUACAUUAAAUGAUGACAUAAAAAAAAAACACUUCAGUGAAAAUAUAAAUUAUAUGGUUAUGGUUACCAUUACGUGGGAUAUACACAGAGAUAACAGCGUACCUACAAAUGAGCCCUUUUCCAUUUUAUGCUACAUAAAAUGCUUACCAAAACAUAGCAGCCAUGUGCAGAUAGACGUCAUGUGUGGGGAAAGGAAGACGCCAAAUAUAAAAUAUUCAAAUGUGUUUGAUGUGCGAAAUAAACUGCUAAAAUUGAAAAGCGAAGAUAGCCACGAGGUUGUUUUAUAUAACGAGAAGGAAGAAAUUACAGAAGGAUUGACUUGUAAUUUUUUCUGCUUUUUUAAUGAUACUUUGUACACAGCAAAAGACGAACUUGUUCUCAAGGGCACCAUGCGGGAACAAAUAAUACACAUAUGCGAAGAGGAGGGCAUGAAAUUAAAAAAGGAAGCUAUCAACAUAAGUGACAUUGGACGCUUCGAAUUCUGCUUCAUUUGCUCAACAACUAGGAAUAUUUUACCCGUUAAAAAAAUUAUUCUUUGUUCGGAAAAUAAAAGAGAGUUUGAAAAGGAUAUCCAUCACCCCGUUUUGGUAAAGUUACAAGAGAAGCUGCGCGAAGCAGUUGAAAAGAAGAAGGAAAAAUAUGAGGUGUACGUU